AUGAGUAGGGCUAUCGCAGGCGAAGCAGCAGCUCGAUCAUUCGCCCGGUUUUUGACCGUCACAACAUGGAGCUCGAUCGUGUUUGUCAUACAUAUCAUUAUUCUCCGCUUUUACGUCGACAUUUGGAAAAUUCACCUCGUUCUUAUUUUUGCGGGCCUUGGACGCUUUUUACUCACAAUUUUCCAGGCUUCAAGCAUUUUCACAUACUCGUGCCAUUACAAGGGCGUCUGCACCUGGGCUUCACCGCCAACAUUCCGCUCAAAUCAGUUCCAAGCCUGGAAAUGGGACCAGGCGAGACAGGAUGCGUUCGCUAGAUUAGUCCGCACAGGUCUCUACCGCUGGGACUAUCCCACCAUAAUAUUCCAUCGCCUAGUCGAGCUCCUAUGGAGCCCUUUGAUCUCCUACAUUAUACCAUACCAUCUCCCCAGCGCUCCGAUGUACUCAAUGUUCCGCAGCCCGCCACAAGAUGAGUUUGCGACCGGCGGCCGUCUUGAAGUUACAAUCUCCGAGCGGACAUCCAGCUCCGUCUUAGACUUGUUUAACAUUAGAUUCGUUAAUGUGCCGGAGGUCAUUACACUCUUCCUUCAGGGCCCAAUGGUUCCCUCUCAUGACGAGAAGAUCUUGUUUGGCGGUUUUACUGCUUUGUUUGCUCUCGUGGGGAUCGUAGAGCCCGUGGUUGUUGGGGUAAUGGAGGCGAGUGUUGUUCCAAAAUCCUUGUAUCUGUUGGAGCAGGCUGUCGUUGCACUAUUUCGUUAUUAUGACUUUUGUGGCAGUUCAAUCAAUACCGAGAUUGGACCUAGUGUGCUGGUUCCAGCUGAUGUUGAGGUUGGGAUUCCGGGACCCAGUACUAAUCUCCAAGCAUCAGGACAGACCAUAGAUGGAGAGGACGAGCAGGACCUUGGUGUCCGUGAGGUAGGAUAA